CUUAAAAGAUUUAAGUCUUCGCCUAAUCAGUUUGAAAAGAAAUGAGUGCGUACUGCUGCAGCGAGUCGAGAAAAGUUUUUUAAAGGCGUUAAUUUGUCUCGCGUGGAUCCUGUUGUAGUUUUAUCGUCGUGAAGUUUAGAAGUAGCUCAAGAAAAAGUCACUCACGCUGUCCUCAACGAGCACACAGGAAGAUAAGUUAGCUGCGUAACUUAGCCGCUAAGGCUAAAAACAAGUGUACGGCAUCUGUGGAGGUUCAGCUGUGCAGAUAGUAACUAAAAAUGUAACACCAUGGCAGGCUUGAGUGAAGGGAUGUGUCCGGGAUUGGAUGAGGUUUUAUUGCGGAGCCUACGUGCUGCUGAUGUUAAAACAGUGGAGGACCUGGUCUCAUCUGACAUUGAGGAACUUGCUCGGAAAUGCUCUGUGUCAUAUAAGGCACUGUUUGCCAUCCGUCGCGUGCUGCUGGCCCAGCACACAGCAUUUCCCGUGUCAGGCGCUGAUCUGUAUGAAGAGCUACUGAGUUCAACAGCCAUCAUCUCCACUGGAAAUCCCAGCUUAGAUAAAGUGCUGGAUUCAGGCUUGUAUACUGGAGAGAUAACAGAGCUGUCAGGAGGCCCAGGAAGUGGCAAAUCUCAGGUGUGUUUUGGCGUUGCCGUGCACAUUUCUUACCAACUGAAACAGAGUGUAAUAUUUAUCGAUACAACGGGAGGGCUGACUGCCAGGCGCUUGCUUCAGAUGCUACAAACGGAAACAAGUAACACGGAAGAGCAGAUGGAAGCUCUUCAGAGGAUCCACAUCUUUCGAUUGUUUGACGUCUACUCUCUACUCGACUGUCUGCACAGCCUUCGCAGUGGCAGGCUUCAGCAGGCGUCUGUUGGCGGCGGCUCUGUCAAGGCAGUGAUCGUGGACUCUGUGUCAGCUGUUAUCGCUCCUCUAUUGGGAGGCAAGCAAAAUGAAGGCAUGUCCUUGAUGAUACAAGUGGCAGGAACCCUUAAGACGAUGGCAAAGGACUUCAAUGUAGCUGCAUUGGUUACAAACCAUGUUACAAGAAGUGGCAGCGGGGAGGUGCAGCCGGGCCUCGGCGUGUCGUGGAGUCACAUUCCCAGAACCAGGGUCCUUCUGGAGCAAGUAGAGAAGGCGUUAGUCAGCCAGUCCACUCUGCGCUCUGCAACGCUGAUCAAGUCUUCCAGACAGCCUUGUCACAUCAAAGAAGUGUUCGACUUGCAGUGGUGGAGUCGCUCUAAAGAAGGAUCCUCAGGAAAGAGAAAACUGGAUGAGACUGACUCCUGACGAGAGCAAACAGUAAUCCUCCGCCUAAAUGUCUGAUCAAAGGGAGGUACGACACGCCUCUUGCGGAUACACUCCCAGAUCCAGCUGGGUGAGACUUUCUGGGCUUGGCCGUCCUCUUCAGGUUCAGCCAGCGUAUGUGUGGCUGAGGCGGUGUCAUAGUCCGCUACGAGGUCUCCGUCG